GGCGAGGCGCAGUUCAUCUCGAACGAGCCUACUGUCUAUCACUCGGGGUAGAGUUUGAACAAAGUUUUAAAGCAAUGAAACGUAAACAGACCCAAAAAACACUAUUCAGUGUUUUAAAAAGUCCGUCCCUGAAGCUACUGCCGCGCGGGGUGACACUGCAGCUGCCGCAGAUCAUGACGACCCGAUUACCGUUACAGAAAACCAGCCCGAAAAUCCAACCGCAACGUUACUGUUACCUGGUUGUGUGCUCUGCAGUGCAACAAAAUCAACCACCAUCCUUACUGAAAAAGGACUAUCCAUGUCUGAGGAGUGGGUGGACUUUAAGAUCCAGUCAUCAAGUGCAAACAGAUCCACAGCUCUGUCCUCUUGGAGGAACAAAAUCAGACGACAUGAGACAUCAAGGGCACAUGAAAUAGCCCAGGAGCUCACUGAAAAGGGUAAGCAGGAUGUACUUGGAACUUUGGUGAAAACUAUGUCAGAGACUGUGUUGGCUGAGACGGAUGCUGUAUUCAGAACAGCAUACUACCUCGCAAAGAUGAACCGACCUUUCACUGACCACGACAAUCUUAUUGAGCUUUAGAAACAAAAUGGUGUUAACAUGGGCACUAGUCUCCACUCAAGGUACAGUUCCACAAAAAUUGUGGAACACCUAGCAAAAGAGAUGCAGAAAAAAAAUAGUUAACAGUAUUGUGUCAUCUCCAAGCAAAUUGUCUGUUCUCAUUGACGAGGCUACAUCUCUCAUCCACAAGUCUGCCAUGACUGAACUUUUGGUUGAGCUGGAGAGCCAAAGGGCAGAGGGUAUAGAAGAAGCUCUACUUAACUGUCUAGACACUGCAGGCUUCAGUGAAGAGUGGGUUAAAAAAAAUUGGUUCUCAUUUCUUUCUGAUGGAGCCAGUGUCAUGUUAGGCAAGAACUCUGGUGUGGCAACCAGGCUUACUGCAAGAUACCCUAACCUCUUCAAAUGGCACUGCAUGAACCACCGUUUGGAAUUGGCUGUAUCUGAUGUUGUGGAUGAGGUUCAGGCAGUGAAUCACUUCAAAUCCUUCCUGGAGAAGAUCCACAACCUGUACAGUCAGUCUAAUAAAAAUUCACGGGAGCUUCUGGAAGCAGCGCAAGAAGUGGGCUCACAAGUCCUCAAAAUUGGCAGAGUUUUAUCUACGCAAUGGGUGGCCAGCAGCUUCCGUUCUGUAAAGGCUGUGUGGAGAUCCUAUGAAGUACUCAACAGACACUUUGAAAAUGCUGCAGGAGACGAAACAAGAAACAGCAAAGAGAGACAAACUUACAGAGGCCUGGCACAUCGUAUGCAAAGCAAGGAAUUUCUGUGUGACCUUGGACUCAUGUAUGAUGCACUGUCUGAGCUUGCAAACCUGUCCCAGCAACUCCAGGCCCAUUCAAUCACACUCUUGAGAGCAGACCAUCUUCUGAAGCGCACCAUCAGAGUGCUGGCAUCAUUCAAAGACACCCCAGGAGAGAAAUCAAAGGAGGCACUGGCAGCACAGGCUUUGGGACAAUUUGGAUCAGUUCCACUCCACUCAAAUGCAAAGCUCACACCAAUCAAUGCAAAGCAGUUCCUACAAAGUCUGAUUAACAACAUGGAGAAGCGGCUCUCAUUUGAAGCGUAGGACGUGAAACCAGUUUGGUGAAGAGGAUUUCAGACUGUGGCGCAAUGGUAGCGCGUCUCACUCCAGAUCAGAAGGUUGCGUGUUCAAAUCACGUCAGGGUCAAUGUUUCUGUUUCUCUAGCUCCAUUGGAAAAUGGUCAGAAUAGGGUGAUAUUUUGAUCACAUGCUGGAUACUUUAUCACAUCAGAACAGAAAAAUGGUCCCUGAAUUCCUGUACAAUGAAAUGAAUGCACUAGCAGUUAAAAUCACAAU